CACGGUGGCUUUUCUUCUGUGUCGCUACUAGUUAGCUAGCUACAAGACGCUAAACGCUGCUGCAGGCUUAUCCCAGUGAGUGAAAUUGGAACUAAUGAAAACCAAGUAACAGUCGCGGGUGGUCUAGUCACAACUGUCCUGGUGGUGAGGAUGAUGAUGAUGGGAGUUGGCUACUACAGCCGAAGGUGCAGCCCCCCACGCUAGUACCAGUCUACAACCCCUGGUCCCCCUUUGAGCCCUGGUCCCACCUGUCCCCACCAUGGCCAACCACCUGGAGCUUCUGAAUGAACUGCAGCAGUUGGAUAAGGUGCCUAGCCUGGAGCGACUAAGGGCUGCCCAGAAGCGCCGCACGCAGCAGCUGAAGAGAUGGGCAGUCUAUGAGAAGGAGAUGCAGAACAAGAAGCGCAAGGCGGACAAGAGGAGGAACACCAAUCAUGCCGCAGCCAUGGAGGCCAAACAACAUGUAUCGUUUGCAGCUAAUGUGGCGCUAUUAGAGGCCUCGGCACGGAACGACCCUGACGAAGUACGCUACCUGCUGAAGAACAAUGUCAGUCCAGACUUGUGCAAUGAGGAUGGACUCACUGCCCUACACCAGUGCUGUAUUGAUAACUAUGAGGAGAUGGUAAAGAUCCUGUUGAAUCGUAGUGCCAGUGUAAACGCCCAGGACAAUGAACUUUGGACCCCGCUACAUGCUGCUGCCACCUGUGGACAUGCAGGACUGGUCAAGGUCCUCAUACAACAUGGAGCAGACCUGUUAGCUGUGAACUCUGACGGCAACAUGCCCUAUGACCUGUGUGAAGAUGACCCUACCCUGGACAUCAUCGAGACCGCAAUGGCCAAUCGAGGCAUCACCCAGGAGAUGAUCAACGAGACCCGGGCGUCUGUAGAGAGGAGAAUGAUGGGAGAUAUACAGGAGCUGCUGACUGCGGGAGAGGACGUCAACCGCAACGACUCACAAGGAGCUACUCUGCUCCACAUUGCAGCAGCUAAUGGCUACGUCCAGGGUGCAGAGCUGCUGCUGGAGGGAGGGGCCAGGAUGGACCUGAGAGACACUGACGGAUGGCAGCCGCUCCACGCCGCAGCCUGCUGGGGUCAGAUGCAUGUAGCAGAGCUGUUAGUUUCUCACGGUGCCAGUCUCAAUGCCAAGACCUACCUAGAGGAGACACCCAUUGACCUGUGCGAGGACGAGGAGUUCCGUGCCAUCCUGUUGGACCUGAAACACAAACACGAUAUUAUCAUGAAGUCUCAGCUCAAACACAAGACCUCCCUGUGUAGGAGGACGUCCAGCGCAGGCAGCCGUGGGAAAGUGGUGCGGCGGGCCAGCCUGUCUGACAGACACAACCUUCGUGUGAAGGAAUACGAGACCGAGGCCAUCGUGUGGAGAGGUGGGAGGGAAGGAGGGAGGGAGGAGCAGGAGAAAGAGAAGGAGGCAGACCAGGAGAACAGCCAUCUGAUCAAUACGACUGUUACUAUGGUGAUUCCGGUGAAGCCAGCAGCGGAGAGGCCCAAGCUCCAGAAAAUCCUUAAAGAUCCUAGUGGCAUCAUCAAACAAAAUGGCAUCAUCUCCACGACGACGUCUACGCCCGCUCCCAGUCAGUCGCCGGCCACCAAUGGUGAGGCUCCAUCCCCUGACACGAAGAGUAUGACGUCCAUUCCGCUGCCCGAGGACUCUUCCUCCUUGCCCAGGGAGCGUGCUCAGACACUAUCAGAACUGAAAAAGCAGAGGUCGGCCGCCAAGCUGCUCAACCACCCUCUCCUCAACGGUCACCUUGGAAACGGCUCCACAGAAACCACCGAGCCCCAGAGCCCUGUGGACUCCCGCAUGCCGCUGGUCUCCUCCAAUGGCAGCGCAGUUUACUACACCCCGGCCAGCGGGGACCCACCCAUCCUCAAACUGAAACAGCCAAUAGAUGAUGAGGAACUAAAGGGGCACAGCUGCUGCUGUCUCUCCUAGGGAGGGGUGGAGGUCACCCCAAGACACUGAUUUAAGGUCAGGUUUACUCUGUUCUCCUCCAAUGCAUUAAGGUUAGGGUUCGAGGAGGGUAAACUGAUCGUAGAUCUGUGUCAAAGGGUAACUUCUUCCCAGAUAGUGUGUACCAGAGCAGGAUGGUCAUGUGACUAAAGCAGGAAGAGAUUGCACAGCGGGACACCAAAAUGCAGAGUCAAGGUCCAAGAAUGCAAUAGGAGUGGAUCUGGUUCAGCCAGGUGAUUGGUUACCUGCCCCUACUCCCUAGUUUUCCUACCCACUGCUGUUUUAACUCCUGGCCACACCAGUAUGGAGGAUAGGAUAACUUUAGAGAAAUCGAGUAAAAGAUGACUUUGGGAAGAGCCAAACGGUGAUAGCUUGUGGUCGAUUGACAAGGGCAGGUAUGUGGUGGACACUGUUGAACUCCCUAUGGAGUGGGUGGCUGAGAUGGUCCAUAGACCAUAAAAGUAUGGAGGAUUCCCCUACCCCCCCGGAGAACGGGCAUGCCACUGUGGUAGAUUGUGGUUGAUAUAGAGGGUAAGGAAGUGGAACGAGAUGGCCCUUAUCCCCUAUGAGGAGAGAACUCUGGUGCCCUAUAAUGGGAUGGAUGCCUAGGCAGCGUGCUCUCCCAUGUUAAGCGUAUGUGGUGUCUUACUUUUGACUGAAUCACUGUUUUCAAACCACAUUCUUACUUUAUCCACUGUUUCUGAAACUUGUUUGAGGAAAAAAUACUCCAACAUAUCAGAAUACACUCUCUGUUAUUACUGAAACAAAGAGGGAUACUCUUUCUUAAGACGUAUUCUUGUUCAAAUGCUGACUAUUUCAGAAAAGGGAAGGAAUGGUUUAUACCUGAGUGGCAGGUAGUCUAGCGGCUAGCGCGUUGGACCAGUAACUGAAAGGCUGCUGGUUUGAAUCCCCGAGCCAACAAGGUGAAAAAAAUCUCUCGAUGUGCCCUUGAGCAAAGCACUUAACCCUAAUUGCCCCUGUAAGUUGCUCUGGAUAAAAGCGUCUUCUACAUGACUAAAAUGUAAAUAACAAAACAGAACAGUAUUACAGUCAACGAUCUAUCUGCUCCUGUGAAGAAGGAGGAUUGGAGCACUGCACUAUAGACAUUUGAAACAAUGCAGCAUUAAACUCAUCAUCCGUCCAGAUCCGAACUUGCAUCGAUAAAGGUGGUAAAAAGGUGUUUGAUAUGCCCAUGUCUUUUUGCUUAUUUGUAGGUCAUUUAAGCAAAAAUAAUUGCUUGAAAAUACAGUUCAUUAGGAAAGUAUUCAGACCCCUUGACUUUUUCCACAUUUUGUUAUCUUACAGACUUAUUAUAAAAUGUAUUAAGUAAAUGAAAAAUCCUCAUCAAUCUACACACAAUACCCCAUAAUGACAAAGUGAAAACAGUUUCCAUUGAUCAUCCUUGAGAUGUUUCUAUAACUUGAUUGGAGUCCACCUAUGGUAAAUUCAAUUGGACAUGAUUUGGAAAGGCAGACACCUGUCUAUAAGGUCCCACAGUUCACAGUGCACGUCAAAGCAAAAACCAAGCCAUGUGAGGUCAAAGGAAUUGUCUGUAGAGCUCCGAGACAGGAUUGUGUCGAGGCACAGAUCUGGAGAAGUGUACCAAAAAAAUGUCUGCAGCAUUGAAAGUCCCCAAGAACACAGUGGUGUCCAUCACUCUUAAAUGGAAGCAGUUUGGAACUACCAAGACUCUUUCUAGAGCUGGCCGCUCAGCCAAACUAAGCAAUCGGGGGAGAAGGGCCUUGGUCAGAAAGGUGACCAAGAACCCAAUGGUCACUCUGACAGAGCUCCAGAGUUCUUCCCUGGAGAUGGGAGAACCUUCCAAAAGGACAACCAUCUCUGCAGCACUCCACCAAUCAGGCCUUUAUGGUAGUGGCUAGACGGAAGCCACUGCUCUGUAAAAGGCACAUGACAGCCCGCUUGAGUUUGCCAAAAGAGAUUGAACUCUUUGGCCGGAAUGCCAAUCGUUAUGACUGGAGGAAACCUGGAUGUUUUUCAGGGACUGGGAGACUAGUCAGGAUCGAGGGAAAGAUGAACGGAGCAAAGUACAGCGAGAUCCUUAAUGAAAACCUGCACCAGAGCGAACAUCAGACUGGGACAAAGGUUUACCUUGUAACAGGACAACGAUCCUGCGCACACAGCCAAGACAACGCUGGAGUGGCUUCGGGACAAGUCUCGAAUGUCCUUGAGUGGCCCAGCCAGAGCCCAGACGUGAACCCGAUCGUACAUCUCUGGACAGACCUGAAAAUAGCUGUGCAGCGACGCUCCCCAUCCAACAGGACAGAGCUUGAGAGGAUCUGUAGAGAAGAAUGGGAGAAACUCCCCAAAUACCAGGUGUGCCAAGCUUGUAGCAUCAUACCCAAGAAGACUCGAGGCUGUAAUUGCUGCUGAAGGUACUUCAACAAAGUACUAGGUCUGAAUACUUAUGUAAAUGUGAUAUUUCUGGGGGGGUUUUAGCUAUUUUUCUUUUAAAUAAAAUGUUUUUGCUUUGUUAUUGUGGGGUAUUGUGUGUAGAUUGAUGAAGGAAAAACACUAUUUAAUUUGUUUUAGAAUAAGUCUGUAACGUAACAAUGUGGAAAAGGUAAAGGGGUCUGAAUACUUUCCGAAUGCACCAUAUGUACCGUUUCCAGCUUUUUAUUUAUGAAGAAUAAUUUUAUGAAAGGGAUAUGGUUUGCAAAUUCCUACAGUGUAUUUAUUUUCUUUUUAUAGCUAUGGAAAGUGAAUGCAGUAUAUCUUCCUUUCCUGUGAAGCACUGAUCCUAGAUCUGUUUGUGAUGUCUUGCCAGAUUCAUUGCUGCCAUUGACAUGGAGUAGGCAAAACAGUACAAACAGAUCUGGAACCAGGCUAGAAGCACUGCACCUUCUAGAAUGGAAAUGUUCCUUUGGAGUUGACAAGACAAGGUUAUUGUCCAGUCAUAUGUAGCUUGUGUAUAACCUGGUCCCAGAUCUGUGUGUGUGCUGUAUUGCCAACUCAAUAAAAUAGGAUUUGGCAGGAAAGAGCACAAACAGGUCUGAGUCUAGACAUAUUCCACCCAGGCUCAGUUAAAGUGCUUGAAAACUAAGAGACUUGGCAAAGCAAAGUAUAACACUUGCUUAUUACCAUUACAUGCAUAUUAACUCAGAAAAUGUAUGGUAUCUGACAUGAUGUAGCCCACUGUGUAUUAUUUUUUAGAAUGUGUGUCUGUGUUCCAAGUUCCAACACUGGAAGCACCUACCUACUUAACAAUGAAAAGUAGGAUUGUAGGAAGUAGUUAAUGAGGCUGGUUUAUCUGUGUUAUUGUCCUUUAACCUGUGGAUACAUACAGUAUAAAGUAGUAGUAGACAAUUGUCUGCUACCCUCAGAUUUGUAGUAGUACUGUAGUAAUACUGUAAUACUACAGUGUAGUAGCAGUAGUAGUACCAGCUACCCUCAGCUCUGUGCCCCUAUGGGUGCCAAGUAGUCUUCCAAAGGAGAGGGGACAUGGACUGGGGACGGGGACCAGGGAAGGCGGCCCACCUGUAUCGGUGUUGUCCUCUUAUCUCCUGUACCCACCGCCAUCCCAACUGCCCUGUCCUGCCUGUGUAUGGUGUCAAAAAUUGUAAACUGUUCCCAGAAUUGCAUAAUAAGUUGUCGUCGUUGUUGUUGUUGUGAUAUUGUACUCCAGCCAUUCAAAUAGAGACAAAGAUAACACAAGUUAGUAACACUUUACAUUAAGUUGCUCUUAUAACUAUGUAGUUACAGGUAUAGAGCCCCACAGUGGAGGUGCCAUAAUACCCGUAAAACCUAUUGGUCAAACAGGGAAAUGGUUCCAAUCAUUUUUCCACCAUUCAUUUUUCCCAUAGGGAAUUUUAGAAACAUUUAAAAUAAUGUCUGUGUUUCAUGUAGGGCUUACCAUUUUGAUAACUAUCUCGGACAAGGAGAAUUUUGUCAUUAUAUUAGGCUCUAUUUACUUUCAGAUUCUAAAAUGCUAAUUAGUGUGAAAGUAGACAUAAUGCAAAACUACAAAUCCCUGUACGUCAUCUCUAGCUGACAUAUUUUUAAAAUAUGUAUUUAUUUAUUGAACCUUUAUUUAACUAGGCAAGUCACUUAAGAACAAAUACUUAUUUUCAAUGACUGCCUAGGAACAGUGGGUUAACUGCCUUGUUCAGGGGCAGAACGACAGAUGUUUACCUUGUCAGCUCAGGCAUUCGAUCUAGCAACCUUUUGGUUACUGGCCCAACGCUCUAACCACUAGGCUACCUGCUGCCCCUGCCCGCUACCUUUGCUAACAGGUGUUCUGUCAAUUUAAAACUUUCAGUUUAAAUAAAUGUAGCCACUUUAUUCAUUACUAAAUUUAGCUAACAUUAGAUAGUUAAUCCAGAGAUUCUUACCUUUGUCUUGAUUCAGCAAUGUCGUCCAGAUCAUCAUGGCAUUUGUAGUUCUUUAUGAUGGCCACAUUAGCAGCCAAUUAAAAAUGUCUCUAGCCUAGUGGUUAGAGCAUUGGGCCAGUAACCAAAAGGUUGCUAGAUCGAAUGCCUGAGCUGACAAGGUAAACAUCUGUCGUUCUGCCCCUGAACAAAGCAGUUAACCCACUGUUCCUAGGCAGUCAUUGAAAAUGCAGGGAAAUAUAUUGAUACAUUCACCUUGUCCUUGAGAGAUUUACACACUAAGGUAAGCCUACACAAAACACAGCCCUUAUUUGACAUUUUUCUCAAAUCCCCUAUGGGAAAAAUGAAUGGUGGAAAAAUUAUUGGAACCAAUUCCUUGUUUGACUGUUAGGUUUUAUGGGUAUUAUGACACCUACUGUGGUACUCUAUAAGGCAACUUAAGUGUUCAGGGCUCUAAAGUGCAAUCAAUUUGGUCACAUAUGCAACAAAAUAUCUUGCUGUUUUAUUUUGGGAGCACCAGUGCGAGAGGGAAAAAAUAUGUUUUUAAUAAUAAUUGUUGUAAUGAUAAGGCUCCGCUGUACCUGUUGUUUCCCGGGUGCAGAUUCAUUAGUGUCAUGCACCAUUAUUACAGCUAAAACUACUUGUUUCUGAACCCAUAUUUAGACCCUCUAUCUAGACCCGAGCUAACAACCUGGUAACUUUACCAGUAUAUCCAAACAUUUGGUGGCGCAGAAAGGAAAAGGGAUAGCCCCUUUCAUGAUCAUAGCAAACAAUGAAUGACAGAUCUCUUGCAUGUUGUCAUCACGAACUUGACGCUCUUAAAGAGACCAUGUAUCAUUUUCAAUGUAAUGCAUCUCAAUAGGAAAAUAGUGCUUUUAAAUAAUGAAAAACCUAAUAUUCCACAAAUGACUUUGUAUCAACAUUUCACCUUUUUAUAAUUAACAAAUGUAUUUACAAGGCUUCAGAAGUAGAACUAAGCAGGUAGCCUAGUGGUUAGAGCGUUGGACAAGUAACUGAAAGGUUGCAAGAUCAAAUGUAAAAAUAUGUUGUUCUGCCCCUGAACAAGGCAGUUAACCCACUGUUCCUAGGCCGUCAUUGAAAAUAAGAAUUUGUUCUUAACUGACUUCCCUAGUUAAAUAAAGGUCAAAUAUAAUUCAUAUAGGCUAUGCAAUAUCUCAAUUGGUGCUCCUGCAAUUUGUUGUGCUCCUAACUUUUUAAAGUUGGGAGCACCAGUGCUACCAAUGAAAAAUGUUAAUUUAGAGCCCUGGUUGUGUUACCAACAAUAUGAACUAAACUCAGCAAAAGAAAUAAAUGUCAACUGCAUUUAUUUUCAGCAAACUUAACAUGUGUAAAUAUUUGUAUGAACCUAAAAAGAUUCAACAACUGAGACAUAAACUGAACAAUUUCCACAGACAUGUGACUAACAGAAAUGGAAUAAUGUGUCCCUGAUCAAGGGGGGGUCAAAAUCAAAAGUAACAGUCAGUAUCUGGCCACCAGCUGCAUUAAGUACUGCAGUGCAUCUCUUCAUGGACUGCACCAGAUUUGCCCGUUCUUGCUGUGAGAUGUUAACCCACUCUUCCACCAAGGCACCUGCAAGUUCCCGGACAUUUCUGGGGGGAAUGGCCCUAGCCCUCACCCUCUGAUCCAACAGGUCCCAGACGUGCUCAAUGGGAUUGAGAUCCGGGCUCUUCGCUGGCCAUGGCAGAACACUGACAUUCCUGUCUUGCAGGAAAUCACACACAGAACGAGCAGUAUGGCUGGUGGCAUUGUCAGGAUGAGCCUGCAGGAAGGGCACCACAUGAUGGAGGAGGAUGUCUUCCCUGUAAUGCACAGCGUUGAGAUUGCCUGCAAUGACAACAAGCUCAGUCCGAUGAUGCUGUGACACACCGCCCCAGACCAUGACGGACCUUCCACCUCCAAAUCGAUCCCACACCAGAGUACAGGCCUCGGUGUAACGCUCGUUCUUUCGACGAUAAACGCAAAUCCGACCAUCACCCCUGGUGAGACAAUACCGCGACUUGUCAGUGAAGAGCACUUUUUGCCAGUCCUGUCUGGUCCAGCGACGGUGGGUUUGUGCUCAUAGGUGACGACGUUGACGGUGAUGUCUGGUUAGGACCUUCCUUACAACAGGCCUACAAGCCCUCAGUCCAGCCUCUCUCACCCUAUUGCGAACAGUCUGAGCACUGACGGAGGGAUUGUGCAUUCCUGUGUAACUCGGGUAGUUGUUGUUGCCAUCCUGUACCUGUCCCGCAGGUGUGAUGUUCCGAUCCUGUGCAGGUGCUACACAUGGUCUGCCACUGUGAGGACGAUCGGCGUCUCACAGUACGGACAUUGCAAUUUAUUGCCCUGGCCACAUCUGCAGUCCUCAUUCCUCCUUGCAGCAUGACUAAGGCACUUUCACACAGAUGAGCAGGGUCUCUGGGCAUCUUUCUUUUGGUGUUUUUGAGAGUCAGUAGAAAGGCCUCUUUAGUGUCCUAAGUUUUCAUAACUGUGACCUUAAUUGCCUACCGUCUGUAAGCUGUUAGUGUCUUAACGACCGUUCCACAGGUGCAUGUUCAUUAAUUGUUUAAGGAUGGGAAAUAGAGUUUAAACCAUUUACAAUGAAGAUCUGUGAAGUUAUUUGGAUUUUUACGAAUGAUGUUUGAAAGACAGGGUCCUGAAAAGGGGACGUUUCUUUUUUUGCUGAGUUUAUGUCAGCAUGCCAGGCAGAGGGUUGUUUUCAUAGUGUCCAUUGUAUUUACGUGUAAGUAGGAAUUCCCAGGGGUCCAAAUGUUUCAUAUCUGUAUUAUCUGACCACUACUAUGACCCAAAUGUAAAGUGACAGAACCAUCUUUCAACUGUUUGUUCCUAUUGUUGUGGCCAGUGCUUGUGUGUCAAACAGUCUGUCAGAUGUGCAAACUGAAAAUGGUUGAUCAGCGUGUAUUUUAU